UGCCGUUCCACUGUGUGCUGACUGAGUGAAGAGGACACAUCACGAUGAAGGAGAACGAGGUGGCGGGACGUAUUUCUUCGCUGCCGCGUUUUGUCGAAGCAUCAUCCGCACCUUCACCGGAGGAUGCAGCCGCCGCUGCGUCUCUUGGAUCUCGUGCACUCCCCUCUAAUCGCACUCUUUGAAUCGUGUGUGAAGAGGAACGGGAUUCUCUGAAGGGCGCGGGGAGGUUGAGACAUAAGGGUUUUCCCGCUGUGCAGCAUCUGCAAGGAUUUUCCUCUCCCUUUCUCUGCCUCUUAUUUCUGCGCGCGGUCCUCCUCAGUCGCAUCGCUGCCGACUUCUAAGCCAAAGGACCUCAAUAAAUAAAUAAAGAAAGAAAAGAGACGGACUAGAUCAUAUCCAGUGUUGAAUUCUUUAGGAGUAGCGGUUCCUCAAGACCACCGUAUGCUGGUAUCUUUGUCUUACAUCUUCCGCGCAUGAACCCCCUCCAUCACAAGGUGUGCCUGCUUUAACCCCGCUUGCUGAACCCCCCCUCCUUCCUCCUCCUUCCUGAAGCUCUCCGCGCCCGGAACGCCACCCGGAACGCCGCGGAGACUAAUGGCUUUUGUCUUCAGACGAUGGAGGGUCUUACUGGUGCUCAACGUGCUCGCGGUCGCCGGUUUCGUGACUUUCUGGGCCAAGUGCAACACGCGCAGCGUCCAAGCCGCCGGUCCGGAGGCUGCGGCGGCGGCGGGGCCGAGGCCCCGGGCCAACGGGACGACGGCACCGGGGCCCGGCGUCAGCCACGAGGUGCUGCUGAAGAGACUGAGCUCGCUGGAGGAUGUGGUGUACCGGCAGUUAAACGGUCUGUCCAGAUCUCUGGGCCUGAUCGAGGGCUUCGAGGGUCGGGGUAAAGGCGGAAUUCCCGCCACGCUGUUGCCGGCCGAGGAGAGCGAUGCAAAAUACCUGAGGGAGAAGUACGGCUACAAUGCCUACCUCAGCGACAGGAUCUCUUUGGAUCGGACCAUACCGGACCACCGGCCCGGCAAGUGCAGGAAGGCCAGCUACCCGAGAGACCUCCCCCAGAUCUCCCUCAUCUUCAUCUUCGUCAACGAGGCUCUGUCGGCGAUCCUGCGCUCGGUCCACUCGGCUGUCAAUCACACGCCGGCUCACCUGCUCAAAGAAAUUAUCCUGGUGGACGACAACAGCGAUGACGAGCAGCUGAAAGCGCCGCUGGAGGAGUACGUGAACAAGCGCUACCCCGGCCUCGUGAAGAUCGUCAGGAACCAGAAGAGGGAGGGACUGAUCCGAGCCCGGAUUGAGGGCUGGAAGGUGGCCACCGCCGAAGUGACGGGAUUUUUCGACGCCCACGUGGAGUUUACACCUUCCUGGGCCGAGCCGGUCCUGGCCCGAAUAAAAGAGGACCACAAGAGGAUUAUUCUGCCUUCCAUCGACAACAUCAAGCACGACACGUUCGAGGUUGAGCGCUACGAGAACUCGGGCCACGGCUACAACUGGGAGCUGUGGUGCAUGUACAUCAACCCGCCCAAACAGUGGUGGGAUGAAGGGGACAUAUCGGCUCCCAUCAGGACUCCCGCCAUGAUUGGCUGCUCCUUCGUGGCCAACCGCGACUACUUUAGUGAGCUCGGCCUGCUCGACUCGGGCAUGGACGUCUAUGGAGGGGAGAACAUCGAGCUGGGCAUCAGGGUGUGGCUGUGUGGGGGCAGCAUGGAAGUGCUGCCUUGCUCCAGGGUGGCUCACAUCGCCCGGAUGAAGAAACCCUACCACAGCAACAUCGCCUUCCACACGCGGCGCAACGCUCUGCGCGUGGCCGAGGUCUGGAUGGACGAAUACAAGCCCAACGUCUACCUGGCCUGGAACAUCCCGAUGGAGGACCACGGUAUUGAUUACGGAGACAUCUCUCAGAGGGUGGCGCUGAGGAAGAGUCUGCAGUGCAAGAGCUUUGAGUGGUACCUCGACAAUGUUUACCCGGAGAUGAGGAGGUACAACAACACGCUGUUCUACGGCGAGAUCCGUAACUCCAAAGCGAGCCACCUGUGUAUGGAUCAAGGCAUGAAGGAGAACCACACGGCCACCCUGCACCCUUGCCACGGUUGGGGUCCUCAGCUAGGACGUUACACCAAAGAGGGUCAGCUGUUCCUGGGACCUCUGGGCAGCACCGGGGACGACACUCGCUGCGUGGUGGACGAUCAGGUCGGCAGCUUUCCUCAGCUCCUCAACUGUGACAAGGUGACCAACGAGAAGCAAAAGACAUGGCAUUUCUCUCAGAACGAAGCGCUCAUAAAUCGAGCCACGGGCCGCUGUCUGGAGGUGGUACCGGCUAACGUCUACUUCGGUCACCUGCUGGUCCUGUGCCCCUGCUCGGGGCAGAGGUGGACCAUCAAGAACACCAUGAAGCAGUAGUCGACUCGCCAAUUUCACUGGGACCCAAUGACAGCGGAGGACUUUUUGAAGAGCCGGCUGUUGACCAAUCGGCUCGGCCGAGGGACAACGGCCGGCUGAACGAGUUCCUCGUCUUCUGAAGAGAAGACGGAGGUGGCUUGAAAGAGAUGCGAGAGGUCAACAUCUCAGUGAUGAGAGGUUUGAGAAACGCUCAAAUGAGUCCACUUCAGCACGAGGACCGUUUCUCCAUCUGACUUUGACAGACUUUCGAUGUGACGUUGCCAAUAUUCCUCCGCCACUUCUCCACGAGGUUUUUAGGUUUAAGGAUGAAGAUAUUAGGUCAGCCAAAACUGUGUUCUUUCUUAUGUUGGAGGGGAGGAGGGAUACGGUUUCUAUCUACAAUAAAUAUUACUUGGUGUAACACAGCGUAUUUGUUUGCAGUUGCUGUAAAUCAUCUAAAAAAUCAUUGUCGAGGAUACUUGGCUGGAUUUGUAUUUAUUUCUAUUGCCAUUUUUACUCAAAGCAUUCGACAGCACCAAACGCAGUACAUCUUGUAGCAUGAUUGUACGUCCUGUAUGCACAUGGGGACAACGUGUAUUAAUGCUGUUAACUGCUCAGUGCCAUAAAUAAUGAAGAUGACAAACCUGUUUCUGCUCAGAGGCAGAACUGCAGGAGGAAGAUGGAAUCAGAAAGGGAAAAGUGCACAAGUGUAUCGGUUGUGGAAAUGCUGGAGGCCUUUGAAGCCCAUAUUAAUAUUGUAUUAAGAUGUAUAUGAUGUCAUGAAUUCAAUUAAUUCCAUGUUAUCAGUUGGAUUUUUGCUCUCAAGAUUGUCUUCCAAUAAACAACUGGUUUCCUGGGUUUUUGCAUGGUUACCAUUUCUGAGGAUAGA